UCGUCUCAAGAUAAUUUACGGAUGGGAUUUUUAUCGACAAAACCGAUUUUAAGUGCAGCGAAAAUAAACCGGCAUUGAAAAUGCGAAGCUGCUUUUUUGGAAAAACUUGAUAUCGCGGCGGAACAGCGUAUUCGUUAAAUAUUUGUUUGUAAAGUGUUUUAGUGGGUGCGUCGUCGUGGGUGUGUUAUAGUUUCAAAGGAAACAUACAUUUGGGGAAAAGCUACAGCCUCGUGUCAAGAUCCCCGUAUGUGCAUUACUCGGAUCGGAGGCUGCCCAAUGUGAUGGCUUAGCCAGAGGCGUCGUCACAGGGGGGUCGCCGCAGAGAGCAUGGCCAGAGUAAGGACGCGGCCGGUCAGAGGCUGGACCUGGGCCGUGUGUUUGGCUGGAUUGUGCGCUCUGGCCACGUGCGAGGUGCAACAGCAAUGCCCUCCGCGUGCAGAAAUAUCACCGUGCAGCUGCCAAGUGAAGAAAAACGGUCUGGACAUCUUGUGCGAGUUCACCGAUCAACAGCAUAUAAGCGAGGCCAUGAGUGUACUCAAAGGAAAAUCGUACGUUAUAUUCUAUCUCAAGUUGCGACACAACAACCUUAGGAAACUACCCGGGUUCGUGUUCCUGGGCCUGGACAUCCAUCACCUUACCAUUCACAACAGUAGCUUAUCGGUGGUCGAGGAGGCUUCGCUUAGUUCUAUCGGAAAGAUGCUGACACAGUUGGACGUCUCUCAAAACAGUUUAACCCAAGUACCGUCAGCCGCUUACAAAAACCUGCACCACCUCCUAAUAUUGAACAUGAAUCACAACAAGAUCAACAGCCUACACGCCAGAGCGUUUCAGGGUCUUGAUACCCUCGAGAUCCUCACGUUAUACGAGAACAAAAUUACUAUCAUCGAUCCUGAUGCUUUCGUGGGUCUAGAAAAGAAACUGAAACGGCUCAACCUUGGAGGAAACGGAUUAACAUCUGUUCCGCAGAAAUCCCUCGGAAUACUUGAUACUCUGAAGAAGCUCGAAAUGCAAGAAAAUAGGAUAUCGGAAAUUAAGGAGGGAGACUUUGAAGGAUUAAGGAAUUUAGAUUCUUUGGGGUUAGCUCACAACAAACUUCGAACGGUCCCUGGCAAAGUUUUCUCGCAUCUCACGCUUCUGAACUCCUUGGAGCUAGACGGAAACAUUAUUGAUACCGUCGACAAAGACGCCUUUGUUGGUCUUGAAGAGAACUUGCAAUAUCUCAGACUGGGAGAUAACAAUAUUCAUACAAUACCUACGGAGGCUUUGAAGCGGCUGCAUCGGUUACGUCACUUGGAUUUGAGGGCGAACAACAUCUCGUUCAUCGCAGAAGACGCGUUUGCCGGUUACGGAGACUCGAUUACGUUCUUGAAUUUGCAGAAAAAUGAUAUAAGGUCGUUAAGCGGAGUGAUUUUUGAGAACCUGAAUUCUCUGGAAACACUCAAUCUCCAAAACAACAAACUCAUGCAUAUCCCCGAGGAUGUAGUCGACCCAAUUUUGGACACGCUGAGAGUAAUUGAUAUAAUGGAUAAUCCUCUAUUGUGCGAAUGCGAACUGCAAUGGUACAAGAACUGGCUACGAAACUUGAAAGACAAAGACGACGAAAUGAUGCAAAAGAAACGGACGGUAUGCACGAUGCAAUACGAACACAGGGAGUACACUCUGGACAGUCUGCCGUUAGAAAAAAUGAAAUGUAAAAUAAAAUCGUACGAGAUCGUUAGUCCCAAUCGGGCUGGAAAGGCAGUCGAAACAUCAUUGUCCUUAGCCUUUAGUACAUUAGUCAGUUAUUUAGUGGUUAGUUAAAAUAUGAUUAGGCGACAGACGCGUCAAAAUUUGUUUCUUAGUGUAUGAAUCGUUUCAACUGACCCGAUUUCCCUCAGCAAGGGUAGUUGUGGUUAUCAAAAUUGGUUUUAUAAUUUAGAUAUGUAUUUUUUCCAAUUUGAGAUGAAACUAAGCUACACCAGAUUUUGGAGGAGUUGCAACAACAAAGGAUUGAUUAAUUGCUCUGAAUUAAGCUAAAUUGGUAGAGGACGGUUUAGGUUUGCAUAAAAAAAAACUUGGAACGAUAUAACCUGGAGUCUAGUCCGUUGAAACGAUGAGAUAUAGUGAUAAGUAGCGAUAGUUUUGUAUUUUAAGGUACGUUAUGUUGCAGAAAACAAAAAAGAAAUAGGGCAUGUAAUUGCUUCUAGUCUAGUGUUCGUGCUUUUUGAGAUUCACAUUUAAUAUUCUCUAUAAAUGUCAUUUAUUAUUGUUGACAGAGUUUGCUCUGAUUCGUUUAAAAUGAUAUAGAGUGAACCGAAAAAAAUACGCGUUCGAAUUUUUAUUGUCAAGGCUGCGGUUUUUCCUUAACAUAUGCAAGUGAUUGUGUCUCUUCAAUAAAAAUUCGAAUUUAUUUAAACGCAUACAUAUCAAGUUUCCCUUUAGAGUAUAGAUUGUUUAUUCUAUAAUGUAACCACCACAAAAAUCGUGUCCCAAUUUUCUCGUCGUUCUUUAUCUCGAUGUCUAUGUGUAGUCUGUGUCAUUGAGACCGUUUCGAUUUUUUAAUUUUUUUCUCUGCCUUUUUUUUUCAGAGAUUAAAAUUUGUUUCUUUAUCGUGAUAAAUCGCGCGCACCAAUAUAAUGAAGAGGUAAUAUUUGGGACAAACAGGCCUAGACAUAUCUGGUGGAAUAGGUAGGCAUUUUACGCAAAGGUAUUUUCGUAACUAUUUAUCAUAAUUAAGGAAAAUACAUUAGAUUCAUCAACGUGCUAGGUUGAAAAGGGAACUAACCCCAAAAUUUGAGCUUUGAUAUCCAUAUCAUGUUUGUGACAUCGGUGUAUUAGUAUAUUAUUGUGUAACGCUAUGUACACAUUUUUCUAGUGUAGUUGUAAAAGUAUUGCUCGAUCCCACCGUUAGAACGAUCCAAACUUACAUUUAGGAUUUCGUAAGUCAGUUCUUCUUCAUGCAAUUUUUGCUCUACAAGUACCUAAAAAGGUAGUUCGUAGUUUCCCGUAUUUGCCAUAAAAAUUCAUUACACUCGAUCGUCAAAAGUUUGCAUGAAGGCUUCGGAAAACGAAUUAACCCUGGCAAUAUUUCAGUUAAUUAAGGCUUGUGCGCCGUAUAUAAACAUAUCAUUACAAAAUCCAGACUGUCUGUGGUAAAAUUAACAUAUCCUUGUUCGAGUUGUGUUGUAAGUGGUGCAAUUCGUUAAUGGUAUUUUUGUGGCAAUGUUUCGGCGGCCAUUUGUAGAGAGUGGCAUCUGCCAGACCAUUUCAAGACAUAUCCGGUCCUGGUUCAACAUUAUUCUCGUGUUGUCGUGUUAUAAGCUCAAAGAAAACAAUAUUUUUCUAAAUUUUCUAGUGUCAGGUCGUUAUCAACACAACAACGCGACUGCGGACCAGACCCUUCAUUUUUUAAUACUUAUUGUAUCCAGAUAUUGUGAAAAAUAAUAUUCAAAAUUAUAUGCACUAUUCAUAUCCUACUAAAUUAAGAAAAUGGCUGUUGUGCAAUGAUAUGUGUCAUAUUAUAUCCAAGUUAUAUUAUUAAUGUCGAUAUCAAUAAAUUUUAUGCUGACACUGAAGCGCUUUUUUUUCUCAAAUUG